AUGGCCACUACGACUAUCCGCCUCGGCACCGCCUCCCCCGGCACGCAGGCCACCCGCGCCGCCACCCUGCGCCAACUCGCCGCGCUCGCCUCCCGCGCCGCCGAGCAGCACAUUGACCUUCUCCUCCUCCCCGAGGCCUACAUUGGCGGCUACCCGCGCGGCACGCAUUUCGGCUGCGUCAUUGGCGAUCGCACGCGCGACGGCCGCGAGGAGUUUGCGCGCUACUUUGACGAUGCCGUCGACUUGGGCGACACUGUCGGGGAGGGCGGGGGCGGCGCCGGCGAGAGGUGGGUCAAGAGGCAGCUGGGCGGCAGCGGCAGCGGCAGCGGCAGCGGCGGCGGCGGCGGCGGCGAGGAGGCGGCGAAGAAGAGAGGCGACGGGACGAGGGAGGAGCUGGAGCGCAUUGCCCAGGAGACGGGCGUGUUUUUGGUUGUCGGCUUGAUUGAAAAGGCGGGCGGGACGCUGUACUGCUCGGUGGUGUAUGUGUGUCCCAAGGAGGGCAUGCUGGGCAAGCGACGCAAGGUGAUGCCUACAGGCACAGAACGCCUCUGCUGGGGCCAGGGCAGCCCCAGCACGCUGCGCGCCGUGUCCACCACCCUCCGCGGCGUGCGCGUCAACCUCGCCGCGGCGAUUUGCUGGGAAAACUACAUGCCGCUGCUUCGACAGGCCCUCUACGCGCAAAACGUCAACCUCUACCUCGCCCCGACCGCCGACAACCGCGACGCCUGGAUGGCGCUGAUGCGCACCGUCGCCGUCGAGGGCCGCUGCUUCGUCGUCAGCAGCAACAUGUGCGUCCGCGAGUCUUCUUCUUCUUCUUCAUCAUCAUCCUCUGCCACCAAUACUACCACCACCACCACCAACAUCAACGGUAUAACCAAUGAGGAGCCAUCGUCGCCGCUGACAAGGACACAACGCCGCCGUCGCAACUCGGCAGUCACGGCCGACGGCCACGAAAUUGCGCUGCCGAGCUCGCCGAUCCGCCGCGCCCGGCGUCGGUCCGUCUUUGACAGCGACGGCAACGAAAUUGUUCUCAGCUGCGCCGACGAUACCCAGCCCGCCCCCGCAACAACAACUACUACUACUGUUACUACUAAUGGAGAAGCUGGCGACGCUACGCCUAAGGCGGCGGGCAUGGCGCCCGGAUGGCUGUCGCGCGGCGGAUCCGCGAUUGUCUCGCCGUACGGGGACGUGAUUGCGGGCCCGCAGUGGGAGGAUCCCGAGGGCUUGGUCUGGCAGGACGUGGAUAUGCGGGAUUGCGUGCGCGGACGGCUGGACCUGGACGCCGCGGGGAGCUACUCGCGCAAUGAUGCGUUUAGGCUCAGUGUCACGGGGCUGGACCUAGAUCCGUUGCCGUACUGA